AUGGCGGAAUCACCGACUGAACUUCCGGUGAAUAUGGAAGCCCUAGAGCCCAGUGAUGAUGGAAGAAGAAAAUUCAAGUUUAAAUCUAUCAGAAACCUCUUUGGCAAAAGGAAGAAGAAAGACUCUGAAGACACCCCCUCACCUCAACGAGGGAGGAGACUACAACCAAGCCUGUCCAGCAGCAAUAUUAGCAUCUCUUGUCUGAAGGCAGCUAAUGAAGGUUCACCAAAUGAGUUUAGGGCCAAGACACAUUUGGGAAGCAAAGCUUUGUCUCAUGACAGCGUCUUUGUGGAGUCUGAGCCUGAAAGAUCAGCUAGUACUAAAUAUGGCACUUCAGAUAUCCACGGAGGCAAACAACAGCAGAGAGUCCACAUGUCCCAAACUUUGCCUAGAAUUGGAACUGGUGGUGGUAUUUAUGCAGCUGAGUUUGACGCCAUGCCCCCAUAUAAAACCAGAAGUGGAAGCCAAGCUCCAGGAUCUCAGGCUCCUGAGGCACUAUCACCUCGCCCAGGCGAAGUCAGCCCCAGCCCAACUCUGAUGAAAUCUCAUGUAAUUUCCCAAGACUUGGAAACAAUUUCUGCUGCUGAUGAGUUACCUAAAGGCCUACCGAAGACUUCAUUACGCAAGACCAUAAAAAAGAACUCUGCUGAACAACUCUCUGAACCAACUCACUUUACCACAUGUGCAUUGCUAACCUCUGCCAGCAGCACCCAGGCCGCUAGUUUUGGCACCCCAGCCACCACCCUUGGCUGUUUGGAUUCUUCAGCUGCUCGACACAAGAUAAAUGUAAAUCCCAGAAAACAGAAGAAAAAUCAGUCAAUUGCAAGUCCUUCAAGAGGCCAGGGAAUCAACCCCUGUGAUAAAGAACAUGAAUCUCAACUUUUGCAAUGUGCUCCUGAGGAAGUGGUAAAAAGAAAGCAGGAGAAUCCAAUCUAUCAAUUGCUUACUGAAGAUGAUAUUAAUCUAAUGAAAGCAAGACAAGAUGACCAAAAGACAACAGAUGAUGAUACAGUUAUUACAGGUUCCUUAAUCCAGGGACAGAACAACCAAGUGCAGCUUUAUGAAAAGAAGACAACAAACCAAGGUGCUGCUGACAGUGAUGAAUACUCAGUGAUAGUCACCGCUGAACACAUGCAGGGAAGUAAAGCCUUUGGAACAACUGACAGUGGAUCCAUUGGAAGAAGUCUUCUAAAGUCUCAUCUAAGAGUUAGCAUCAGUGAUGAAACUAGGUCCCUGCCUACUAAGUCUUCUAAGGAACAGUUUUGGCAACAGCUUAUGGAGAAGUCAACUGUGGGCCCAUACGUUACUGCAGCAUCAGGUGCCAUUACUCCUCAAGAUAAAGUUAAAAAGAGAAAGUCUAAUGUAGGGUUUGAAUCCAGAAAAACAUCACCAUCACAGCUCAUGUCUGGAGAUAAGGAAGAGUUGAUGAUUGAGAGCUCACACGCAUACUCUGAGGAGAAGGAUUCUGGAGCUGACAAAACAAGAGCAAAAUCCAAUGUAUCACUUUUAACGCUGCUAGACAACCUGUCUGCCGACCCAGAAGAUGACUUUGUGUCUGUGGCAAUGGACAGUCAUGUGUCUGAUGAGUCUUCUCACUUCCUGUCAGAAGAGAUAAGUAUUUCCAGUCUUGAUUUUCAAAAUCUCACAUUUAAAAUGGAAUCAGUUCAAGAUCUUCCAUCUGCCUCCCAAGACAAAUCUAGUGUGAGCAUUUACCACUCCUUCACAACCAGUGAAUCAAGCAAAGUCGGUGUGUUAGCUGAAGAAAAUAUUCCCACCAAGAAUCUGUCUCAGAGAACCAUUCCAUGGACCUUGGAAAAGCAUGAGGAUGAAUUGUUCAUGGAUUCCAGCUCUACUUCAAAGUCAGAGAGUGAUAGUCUCUUUCCACUGACUACAGGAUAUUCCUUCUACUCCACAAAAAUUACUGCAAUUGAACAAGUCUCUCCAGGUUUAGAAGUAUUUUCUGUUCCUCCAAACACUCCUGAGCAGAAGAUAGCCCCCGGAUUUUAUACUGAAUCCUCUGAAGAUUCCAAGUUUGAGGAAAUCCUGGUCAAAUCAAUAACCAUUUCAGAGGAAGUGAUCGAUUCUGAGGAGAUACUGACAGUUGGGUAUACUUUCCCAUACUUGAAGAAGUCAGAAGAGGACCCCGAAAUCUUUGUAGAGGCCAAAGAUUCUGAUUCAAUGAGCACUCCUGAGAAGCAGCUGUCUGCCAGAGGUGCCUCCCAGAUAUCGAAAAAUCCUGAAGAAAUUUUCACAGAAACAGAUAGUUUUGUGGAAAAGUACAACAGUAUUGAAGAUUGGAGCAGCUCAGAAGAAGGGAUCUCUUCCAAAUCUGUUUCCAAUGCCUCAGAAAAGCCUGAGGAUGAAUUAAAGGUUUCCCUUAAUCCCAAGAGCUUGCCUGAUGAAGAAAAUGUCUCUGAUGAACACAAAUACAUUGAUGCUGAAGAACGGAAGAUUCUUGGAGAACCUUCCAGUCACCCUGUCCAGCUCCAGGUGAGCCCUGAAAAGGGGAAACAAGUCUGCGCCUUUUCAGAGAGCAUAACCUUUGAGUGGGACAUUGCUGUAGAGCCACUCCCUCCAAGAACCAUCUUUAAGCAACUCCUGAAGCCAAAAAGUGAGCAGAAAGUCAUGGCAGAUGUCGAAACAAUGCCUCCAGAAGCUAUUGCUUCUGUGGAGUUACAGACAGUGAAAGAACCUCCUCAAGCCUCUCUGCAAGAAGGAUUUAAGUCAGAAAUGUCCACAGUUACAGAGAGCACAACUGUUGAAGGAAGCAUCUCUCUGAAAGUGAUGCUGCCCAAAAGUUCACCCCAGUCACUGGUGGUACUGGAAGAGAAGCCAGAAGCAAAAAAGAAUCCAGAGGCAAAAAGUACUCUGGGAGAGAAGACUCCUGCUCCAACUCAAUCACUGGACAAAUCUAUUGUACAGCUUGAAGGCUUUGACGACUCAAAGGGCACAGUGAAAGAUGACGGCAUUUCUGGGAACUCACCGUCUCCUGUACUUCCUUUAAAGUCCUUGGUGAGCCCAAAUGUUGAGCAGAAAGUUCCUCUUGAAGAAAAAACAGUGGUUGAAGGGAAGAGUUUUCUGGUGACAUCACCUCCCAAAAUUCUUAUAAAGUCAUCGAUUACUCCUAAAACACAGCAGAUUAUGCUGUCCGAUUUGGAGGGGGUGGCUACACAGAAGACCAUUGCAAUAGAGCCAGUGCUCUCCAAAUAUUCGCUCGUUGCACACAGCUCACAGAACCCAGUUGAUGAAAAGGAAAAGUUAGUGGGAGAGCCGCUGCCCAAAUGCCCAGCCUCCCCUUUGGGAAAAUCAAAAGUUCAGUCACAGUCCGCCCCUCUUCGUGUGGUGGGAUCUUCUGUGAAAUCGAGCAAGUCUAAGGAGCCAUUGUCUUCUAAAAACACUUUUCCAAGAUGGAGGAAUCCCAGUGUUAAACGGCAGGUCUCUACAAUUUCCGAGAUCAGGGUAAGAGAGGCAGAGAAGAGCAAUCCUAAAGAAGCACCAAUGUCCCAACAAUAUAUGAUGUCCUGGGACAACCCAUCUCCUGAGCAAGUCUCUGUAUCUUCAAAAAGAGCUGCUGAAGAGUGGGGCAUCUCUGUGGAACCACUGCCACCCAGAACACGCUCUGUGGCCUCUGUAAGAUCAGAAUCUUCACUCAAAAAGCCUCCCAGGUCAAAGAGUGCUUCUUCAGUAUGGCCUAAGUCUGAACAACCGAUGCCGCCUAUAUCUAAGCAACCAAUACCCUCUAAGUCUGAGCAACCAAUGCCACCUAAGUCUGAGCAACCAAUGCCACCUAAGUCUGAGCAACUCAUGCCGCCUAAGUCUGAACAACCAAUACCGCCUAAGUCUGAACAACACAUGCCGCCUAAGUCUGAACAACCCAUGCCUCCUGGCAACUCCUGGACAAGCACCAAAGCUGAGAAGAAAAUAUCUGCAACUCCAGAGAGAGCUGUGAAGGAACAGGAUGAACCUGAGGAACAGAUGACUUCCAGAAGCCCUCUCGAUACCAUCUUGAAAGUAAUAAGCAAACAAACCAUGGCAGCUGGUCCAGAGAGCAUUACCACGGAGAAAGCAAUGUCAACAGAGACACCUCGCAGACAGCUCCAGUCUGCAGUGAGAGCCAAAAUCCAGCAUGUUGAGAACAUGUCCAAGGAGGAGGUGAUUUCAGAAAAGCCAGCACUUCCCAAAUAUUCUGCCCCAUUGUCAGUGAAGUCACAAGAGCAGAAAAUGGCUACCCAACCCAGAAGUGCUGAAGUAGAAGGAGACACACUGCCCUCCAAACCGCCAAGUCAGUCAUUUGUGAAGUACAUAGCCCAACGGAUCUUUUCAGAACCUGCCUCUGAGGAAGCAGCUCAAAAAAGCUCCUCAAAUAAGCCUUCCAAACAUGCAUUGAGUUCAAAAGCAGAAUACAAGGUUAGUUCAAGUUGGGAUAAUGUGCCUUUUGAGAAAAGAAUUUCUACCAAGCCCAGGAGGAGACACCGUCCUUCCAAGUCCUUGGUGAAGCUAGAAGAUCUGCAUGAUGCAUAUUCACAAAUGGAAAUUGCUUCUGCUAAGAAGGGCACUGAAAAAGAGCAACUGCCUCUCAAACACCUUCCCAAGGCCUUGGGAAAGGCUGAAUAUCCGCAAGAUGAGAAAUUGCCUAAAUAUCAAAAGAGUUCUGAAGAUAAGCUGCCUACUGGACACCCUCUCCAAGCUGAGAAAAGAGCUGAAUUCCAGUCACAGAAGUUCCCCAGAGGCUCAGUGAGUUCCUCUACUGUUGCUGAGGAGCGCCUGCUACCUAAACACCCAUGGCAGACCUUAGCAAAACCUGAGUCUAACCAACCAGUUCAGACCAGUUCUGUGAGUGCUGCUGCUGAGGGAGCAAAUUCCGAGGGCAAUCUUAGCAGUUGCUAUCAAGCAAAAUCUACACUUUCUCCAAGCAAAACCAAGAAACAUGAUCACAGCUCUGAAGACAUCGUUAAGAACAUCCCUACUCCUAAGGAAGUUCUGAAGAAGGAUAAUGAACAUACCACGUGUGAGUCAGAUGUUCUCACCCAUAUGUCUAAUGUUGAAAACAUAUUUGGAGUCCGACUGAGAAAAGUCUCAAAGAACUACAAGAGUGAAAAUCAAGAAAGCCAUUUUAAGUUUCCUGUGGUCUUCAAGGAGCACAUUUCUUCCUCAGUGGCUGAAGAACAAAAAAACAAAAGUGCCUUGCAGAGCUCCCCGAGCAGCCCAGAGGAUCUCACUAAAGUGGCUGGCUCUACAGAGAUGCCACAGAGCAUACCUAAACCUGAAAGCAUGCUUAAGAAGGAAGACCAAUACAAGAUUUCAGCAAAGUCUUAUAGUCGAAAAGCAGGUCAUGCUGCCUCCCCCGAACCAGCUUGGGUAGCCAUGGUAAAGCAGAAACAGAGAAGUUUCCAACAGGAACCAAAACUAAAGAGCAGAGUUGGAGCCAACAUUGAGCCCAAACAUGAGCAAGGUGACAUUUCAAGUCCCCGACCAAUGAAGAUGUACACUCCUCCCGCUGGCACCACUGAACAGAAAAUAGCAUUGGUGAAGCAACUCAAGACUACCCUGGCAGGAAUUGAAGAAAAAAAGGGAUUUCCAACAACUGAGUUGAAAAAACAACCAAGAAUGCCUUCAACUUCAAUAAAGCCCCGUAAGCCUAAGCCUCCUGAACCAGUCUGGUUCUCCAUGGCCAAGAAGAAAUCCGAAGCAUGGAGCAAUAUAGCAGAUAAGCAAUAA